AUGGCCACUUGCUGGAAGAAAAACCCACUCGAGCAAAGGGGGUCACCCUCCGAGUCUGCCAGCACUGUGUCCAAAUACUCAACUGAUACAGCCAUGCAGCCCUCUGAACUCAAAAUGAUGCACUUUCAAAAGCAGCAUUGGAAGCCGCUUAUUAAAUCGAUUUCUACAACAGGAAUUGAAAGCUUACCUUCAGAGGUAAUACUGAAGAUAUUCUCAUAUCUGGAUACUGUGAGUCUGCUGUGUAUUGGCUGCGUGAAUAAGCGUUUUUAUCAUCUGUCCAAUGACAAUACAAUCUGGUUAAAAAUAUACUCCAAGUCAUUUCUCCCUAAAAGAAACAAAUGGAAGACUGAAGCUGUGCAGGAAUUGUCUGUUUCUCUGAGGCUUUCUGAUUUGCAACAUAAGGAAUCAGGAUACUGGAAGAAAGAGUACAUCAUCAAAAAAAUAGCUUCUGGAAAGGCUGGAAUAAUUCACCUUUUGCAGUCUGUAAAUACUUACACAGGCCUUCCAGUUGAAACCAAAAAUGCCAUCAAAACAUCUGGUUUGAGAUGGAUUAUCAUAUUAAAAGAAAGAAGUGGCAAUGAACAUGUAAUGGAUCAGGCAGACAUUUCUUUUAAUGAGACCUCUAUUACUGUAUUUUGGUAUGGUAUUAGUUGGCCUUGUUUAGACAACUUGACAUCUCUGCGUUUAUAUGGAGCGACACCAGUGCUUCUAGGUGAGAGUAAAACUUAUCUCAAGAAUGGGCCUUGGCGACGUUCCUUGAUUUCUGAAUACCAACUUGCCAAUCUGACUCAAAAUGCUGAAAUGAUUGGACAUGAUGCACUUGUUGAACUUUACCAUGUUGAACAAGGAGUCUUGCUGGGACUUUGGAAUAAAAAUGAAAUUGCUUUUGUUAUGGCAUGUCUUCAUUACCAUCAGCUUAUUGAGCGAAGCAUCCUUGGCUCUGCUACAGCGAUGCAUACUGUAGCCCCAGAUAAGGCAAUGUUAGAUGAUAUUGACCCAGAAUAUGGCCUGCAUGACUAUCAGCUGCACAUUGAUAUGCACAGCAAAGGAAAUACUUACAUGUGUGGAACAUUUCGCAGUUUGUUUUGUAGAAAAGAUUACAUUAGAAAUGGAUACCUGAGACUUACAGUGAUAAGUUACAAAAAGAAUUCUCAGCAUUUGCCUCUUGUUGGAAAACUUGGUCUCUCUUGGAAGACAGAUGCACUUGACGGUAUCGUUCAGAAUUGCUUCAUUAUGGAUGUUACUCUUCUGGAUGAAUCACAAAAACCAUUUUGGUGUUUUAGUGCCCCAGUCAAGAUGGUAACCACUUCCAUAGCACCUGAUCUCUAUAAAUAUUUUGGACCCAGCUAUUACUUGAAUUAUGUGGAUUCCAUUGGAAAAGUACAUGUGGAAAUGGUCUGGAUGGAAGAAACACUAGAAUACUAUAUAACCAAUCUGGUUCUUUAUUUGAGCACCCAAAAAAUCAACAGCUGGUUUGGCCGAAAUUACUGA